AUGGAUCCAAGUACAAUUUUCGGUCUGUCAAAUAAAUGCACAAUGAAAGGAAAUCGUUUGGACGAUUAUGUCCGAAUUGAACCACUUGGCAAAGGAACGUAUGGGUCUGUUUACAAAGGAGUAAAUAAGCGUACAAAUAAACAGGUCGCGAUCAAAAGGUUAAUUAUCCAUCAGUUUGUAAAAGAUGGUGUGCCACUGAUUGCUAGCCGUGAAAUCGCUGUAUUAAAGAAGUUUCAUCACCCAAACAUUAUCCAACUGGAAGAUUUUGUUUUGGAAGAAGAUAUUUUGUACAUUAUUUUGGAAUUGAUGGAUACCAAUCUUCAAACAUACAUCACUUGUUUGCCUGAAAAAGAAUGCAUGCCUGAACCAGCAAUAAAGCGUUUUUUAUUUCAAAUUUUGCAAGGCGUUUGUUACUGUCAUGAAAAAAAUUUAUUACAUCGCGAUUUGACACCAGAAAAUCUCUUGAUUAAGAAUGAUGGUACCAUCAAGAUAGCUGACUUCAGUCUUUCAAUAGAAAACAAGUAUCUUCUAAAGGAUUUUUAUUACAGACCUCGAAACAAGUGGUACUGGGCUCCAGAAUUGCUAUUUGGCAAUUGCAUUUAUUCAUUAGAAGUAGACGUGUGGAGCAUUGGAUGCAUUUUUGCUGAGAUGGUUAUCAAAUCACCUCUCUUCAUGUCUUACUCGAUGACGGAUCAAGCCUUUCGUAUUUUGAGUGUACUGACUUCUCCAUAUCAGGAUAUAAUUAUUGGGACGGAAAAUCUGCCAAUGUUCUUAAAAGUGAUUCCAGGAUGUGAAAUUGAUUAUCUAAAGGAACUCGUUGGAAAAUAUAUCAGUGCUGACGGAAUCAGGGUUAUGAGGGCAAUGCUUGCAUGUAAUUCAAGGGAUCGCCCAACAGUUAAGCAAAUUUUAAAAAAUCCAUAUUUCAGUGAUGUCGAUCGCAAAAAACUUCCAGCUGGAAACUAUGAUGGGUCUUCUUGA